GGGCGCCCAUUAGCAAUGAAGCAGCUUUCUCUCCCUGAGAUGCCUAAAAUUGGUGAGGUUGAUAAUAAGAGGGCUGAUAAAAUCAGAGAAAAUGCAACUAAGAGACUGAAGGAAUUCCAACUUGAAUUAGAUUGUCUCAGCAAGCUUAACCAUGAUAAAAUAGUCGAUUAUUUUGGGUACCAGAAACAAAAAGAUGUACUUAAUAUCUUUCUCGAGUAUUUUGGAGAAGGUUCACUGGAGUCGUUGCUAAAUCUAUAUGGCAAGCUCAGAGAGCCAGUUAUAUCUAAUUACACAAAACAGAUUUUACAAGGGUUAGAGUACCUUCAUUCCAACAAAAUAAUCCACAGGGACAUUAAAGCGGGAAAUAUCUUGGUUAAGCAAGGAAUUUGCAAGCUCACUGAUUUUGGAGCCUCCAAAGAGAUCUUUGAGAAAAUGGGAAAGCAAAUCGACUCCUUCAAGGGCACUCCUUAUUGGAUGGCACCAGAAGUCAUUACACAGAAGGGAUAUGGCAGAUUCGCUGAUAUUUGGAGCCUUGGCUGUACUGUUUUUGAGAUGCUAACAGGUGCCCCUCCGUGGUCUGAUCAAAACCAAUUUGCUGUACUCUUUCAGAUUGCGAAUGAGUCUAGAGCACCUGACUAUCCAGAAGAUAUUUCCGAUGAGCUACGAGAUUUCAUGGAUUGAUGAUUUAAGAAGGAGCCAACAGAGAGAUGUAAUGUUUAUGAAUUAUUGCAUCAUCCAUUCAUUUUGCAAGAUGAAUGAGAUGAAGAUAAUAAUACUAUUUUAUCAAAUGGUCUUACCAUUGAUGAUGAUAAGUGGCUGAAAGAAUCACAGAAUGAUAUAAAAGAAAGUGAUCAAACUUCCACACUGGACCUAGCCCCUCUGAAAAAUUAUAGAGCUAAUGCUUUGCUAAAACCUAAAGCAAAACCUUUGAUAUCAUCGCAGAAGAUUGGAAUUCAAAUGAGUUUAAAGCAGCUUGAGGCUUUGUAUAAGUUGAUCUGUUUGAGAAAUACAUCAAUCAUGAACGAGUUGCCUCAGGAAGAAAUCAAGAAUAUCGUAGAAACAUACAAACAAGUGACUAAUAGGGACAAACUUCCAAUAAAAUCACCUGAGAUCCGACCAAGGCAGUCUGCAUUCGGAAAACUAGUAGGGAUCAGGACUAGAAAGCGACAGCUUUCUGGAAAGUUGAUCCAUUCAAGGAUGGGUGACAUUCAGGAAGAAUCUGAAGAUUGAGGGACACCCACUCCUGGGAAAUUUCAGAUUGAGAAGAGCUAUACAUUCGGUGAUAAUAUCAAUAAGGCAAAUAUUCCUACCAUAGAGAAGUCCAAUGCCCCUAGGAAAUUAUCACAAUCAGAGGAUGUUAAAAUCAAAAACAAGGAAGAAUCCAAAGAAACCAGCCUUAACGAGUCUGAUUUUGAUAAAGAUUCUGAAGACGAAGAUGAUAGUUUGGAUAUUCAAAGCUGCACGCCUGAAGAGUUGGAAUCCAAGAGGAAGAAGAUCGAGGAGCAAUUAAAGAUGUACAUAAAAAUGCAUUAAUCCCUUGAAACUUGUUUGAUAAACAAUAAAUGACAGCUUCAC